AUGAAAACUAAGCGGAGAGAAAACAACCCUUUCACUCAUUCAGUCAAAUCUCUCCUAUUUUCAUGUAAAUUUUUCAUUAAAAAUCUUUUUUUUUCAGAGACUUUAAAAAAUUUUCUGAAAAUUUUCUUGACGAUGCCAGUCCAAAUUGAUACUAUAAAUGAAGGAGAUGGUACCAACUUUCCAAAAAAUGGACAAAAAGUUUCUUGCCAUUAUAUUCUCAAAUUAGAAAAUGGACAACAAAUUGAUUCUUCUCGUGAUCGUGGACGUCCUUUUGAAUUUACAAUUGGAAAAGGAGAAGUUAUUAAAGGAUGGGAUGAGGGUGUUGCUAAGAUGUCUGUUGGCCAACGUGCAAAGCUUACAAUUAGUUCCGAUUUGGGUUAUGGAGAAAAAGGAAUUCCUGGAACGAUUCCACCAAAUUCGACUUUGGUUUUUGAUGUUGAAUUGCUUGCUGUCAAAUAA